AUGUCUGAAAAUUCGUUCCGGAUUGGUGACACACCUGUGCCGCCUAAAAAACGUGCCCGACUGGAUGUAUCAACGGUUGACACUGUUAACGGUUCGACGGAUGCUACCUCUUUUCGUCCUGAGAAUAUGCAUUUAAUAUCUGUUCUUCAAAACGAUCUUCGAAAUAAGUGUUUAGUGUUACAUACUCGUUUUGGCGAUGAUCCAAAGGAAGCUAUUGUUACACUUCAGAAAUCAUCAUUCCCAAAUGAUCCAAACACUUUAAAACGUUGUAAAGUAGUUAAUAAGCUCAUCGGUCUCCAUAUUUCCGACGAUAUUGAUGACCAAUGCCAUGAAAAGGAUAAAACUGACGAGACUGAAAAUGAUACUUUUCCCCAAUGGCAAGCCAAAUCCAUUAUGAAGAACGAUAUUUAUCAUCGCUUCCUUAUAACAAACGGUCUAGAGUCCAUUAAUGGUAUUGAAAUGACUGUGACGUAUCCUGCAGAAUCACAUCACUUUAGUAGAUAUGCCAACUCCCCUCGUCAUAUUAUUCAGGAGACUCCUGUGUUGUAUAAGGAUGUCAUUCUCCCUUUUUUGUCCCAGAAACCCAAGGAUCUUACUUGGAUUGAUAAUGUAGUAGCAGGAAUCGCUGAACAAGAUCGUACUCUUCACAAUGAUGCUGAUGAAAUGUUUGGUUUUACUUUAGUAUUAGAUUACCGAUGGGAUGGGUUACGCAUCCAAGAACUUCAUUGUUUGGGUAUUGCUCACGACCAAAAGCUAACUUGUCUACGGGAUCUCCGUAGCUGCCAUGUUCCAAUGCUAAAAAGGAUUUUGCAGCUGGGUCGUGAUACACUCUUUCACAAAUAUUCUAAAUCAGAAACAUCCGAUAAUCAAAUGUCCGGUGAUAAUCCGAAAAUUAUUUUAUCAAAAGACCAGAUUCUUGCUUAUAUACAUUAUCCACCGACCUUUUAUAGAUUUCAUAUUCACUUUGUGCACAUAGAUUCUGGAGACAACUAUGGCACUAAUGCAUGUAGAGCACAUAUACUCGAAGAAGUUAUUCGAAAUCUCGAACAAGAUGAUCUGUACUAUGCAAAUCGUACAAUAACUAUGUUUCUGCAUGCUAAUAAUCCCAUGUUUGCAGCUAUUUGUCAGAACAGUUCCCAUAUACCUAUUGUCGGUUCAGCUCCUGAUUAA